GGUCGUUGAAGAGAAACUGAAAUGAUCCUGACUGAUGAAGCCUCUGUUGACUUUAUUGAUUAUAGAUUGGUCAGCAUUGUUAGCAGCUGACUGAUAAUGAUCAGCUGGAUCAGGUUUUAAUGGAGGUUCACGUUUCAUUAACUUUAGUUUGAUUUAUUUAUGCCUUCUUCCGUCCUCUCCCACCUUCUCAUUUCCUUUCUUAUCUCCUUCUUACAUCCUUCCUACAUCCUUCCAUCCUGUCCUCCUUCACCUCCUACAUUCCUUCUUCACAUCCUUCUUUCGAUGCUGCCUUGUUUCCUCUCUUUCCCUUUUUUAUUCCUUCCCUCCUUCCAUCCUUUCCUUCCUCCAUCUCAGGAGUUGUAAUCACCUGUUGGUCAGUCAGCUGCUAAAUUUGAUUAACGUGGGUGUUCUGCUGACGUCACCGUUUCAUGUUGUUGUAUAUUGUUGUACAAUCUCAGUAGACUGUUGCUAAUGUAAAGCUGCUGUCAAUAAAGCUUCAGUGGAUUGAAUGUAACCUGUUAAUCAGAUUAGCAGUGCGUCUGUUAGCAGAUAAGCUCUGUCUGUUAAUCUCCUCCAUCAGUCAACAUGUUGGACACGAGGAACAGAGUCCGUCUCUCAGUGCUGCUGUGUGUGUCGCUGGUGUCGGCCUUCGUGGAUGAGCUGGAUGACUCCUUCAUGGAAACCAGAGGAGCUGAUGACAUCUGGCUCAUUAAAUUCUACGCCCCCUGGUGUACCUUCUGUAAACAGCUGGAUCCUGUUUGGCAUCAGAUCGGAUCAGAACUGAAGAGUCUCGGUUCCCCGGUCAAUGUCGGCAAAUCAGACGCCACCGCCAACACUGGUUUGGCCAAAGAGUUCAAGGUCAGAGGUUAUCCAUCCAUCCUCAUGUUGAAGAAAGGUGUGAAAUAUAAUUAUUCAGGACCGAGAACCAAAGAUGGAAUCAUGGACUUUGCUCAUCGAGUUGGAGGGCCGCUGGUUCGAACUCUCACCAGUCUGCAGCUUUUCCAACACGCCAUGAACAGCCGAGAUGUCAUGUUUGUUUAUGUUGGAGCCACAUCACAGCUAAAGGGAAACUACACAUCUGCAGCUGAGCAGCUGAUCGUCCACACCUACUUCUUCUCUGCUGCCAGGGACAUCCUGCCAAAGGCGGUGUCUCUGCCCUCUCUGCCGGCUGUGGUGGUUUUUAAAGACGGGACCUUCUUUACCUACAACGAGGAACAUGACGGUGAUCUGAAGUCGUGGAUCAACAGAGAACGUUUCCCAAACUACUUCAAGAUUGACAGCUACACUCUGUACGCCAUGGGAGAGUCAGGUAAACUGGUGGUGUUAGCGCUGGUGGAGGAGAGGAACCUGUGUGAGGAAAGCUUGAGGUAUAAAAGUCUGGUGGAGAAAGUAGCUGCAGACCACAAAGAGAUCUACAGCAGAAGCUUCUACUUCGGCUUCAUGGAGGGCAGCGACUACAUCAGCGGGCUGGUGAUGGGUGAGGUCAUCGUGCCAUCGUUCGUCGUGGUCAAUCUGUCCAAUGAUGGCUACUUCCUGCCAACAGGCGCCAUGGAGACGGAGCACCACCUGAUGAACUUCCUGAACGGGGUUCUGGAUGGCAGCAUCCAGUGUCAGGGAGGAAACGGCGUUGUCCAACGUGCCAGACGCUUUGUCCACGAGACUAAAGUCACGCUGAUGUCGGUGUUCAGCCAGGCUCCGCUGCUGGGCUGCUUCCUGGUUGGCUUCCCGCUUGCCAUGGCCACCGUGUUCUGUUACCUCUGCCGUAAAGCCCGAUCCACCAUGAGUGACGACGACGAUGACGGUGUUGCGCCGUCAGCUCCGCCCCUGCAGAGCUACAAAAAACUGACUGACAAGAAGUCCGAGUGAUGAGGACAGGAGGGGGACAGGAGGGGGACCGGACUGAUCCAGACUUAGACCCAGAGAACCAUCACCUGUCUCUGAGCUGUCACAUGAAAUAAAA